AUGUUGAUGCCGAAUGCAGCGCUCGCCUCGGCGUUUGAUCUCGCGCUGGUAAACAAACGAGCCACAGAUCCGGCGACAAUUAUUAUACCACCUCCCGUAUCCGUAUCACCGAGCCAGGUGUUUGAGGGUGUUGAUGGCCCUUGGUCAUCGUUUGAGUUGCGCGUAGGAACUCCAGCUCAGAACCUUCGCAUAUUGCCUGGCACUUCAUCAACUCAAACUCUGGUGGUGUUACCAGAGGGCUGUCAGAUUAUCAAAGUCGACGACUGCGCCGACAGCAGAGGAAAACUAUUUAAUACAACAGCUUCCUCGACUUGGAAGGAAAUUGGCUUAUACAACCUUGGCUUUGAGAACGUCUUGGGCUUUACGGACAAUGGAGAAUUUGGAUAUGACACCGUCGGGCUCGGGUAUCUUGGCAGUGGUGGCCCUGUCGUCAACCACUCAAUCAUUGCUGGCAUCGCAGGCACGGAGUUUUAUCUCGGAGUGCUUGCGUUGAACCCACGACCUACUAAUUUCACAUCCCAGAAUGAUCCGCAGCAGAGUUUUAUGCAGCUUCUCAAGAAUGAGUCAGCGAUUCCCAGUCUGUCAUACAGCUAUAACGCAGGAGCACCAUACCGGUUGAACAAGGCGCUGGGCAGCUUGAUCUUGGGUGGCUACGAUACAUCUGCGUAUCAAGACACAAAUCAGACUUAUAAAUUUUUCAGCGAUCAGUCGCGUGAUUUAUCAAUUGGCAUCAAAUCCAUCUCUACGAAUGCAAGCGCGGAUAAUACGGUGCUCCAGUCUGACCUGAUAUCCAUGUUUAUCGACUCUUCCGUGGCCGAAAUCUACCUUCCUCUAGACGCCUGCAAAACUUUUGAGAAAGCCUUUGGUCUAACUUAUAACACGACACUGGAAAUGUACUUGGUUAGCGACUCGUUGCACAAAAAGCUCACUUCCGAAAACCCAGUCGUCACUUUUGAAGUAACAACUCCAAUUACCGGCGGCUCAUCUUUUAACAUUACCUUUCCCUACGCAAGUUUCGACUUGGAGGCAAAUCCCCCGCUUGUUAAGACGGCAUCUCGAUACUUCCCUUUGAAAAGGGCAGCCAACGACACCCAAUAUGUUCUAGGACGAACAUUUUUGCAGGAGGCGUACUUGAUUGUGGAUUACGAACGAGGGAAUUUUUCGGUUCAUCCUCGCGUGUGGGAUGCCAACGCCAAAUCGAAUAUAGUCACUAUAUAUCCGCUUAACUUCCAAGUGCUCGAGCCCAAUCAAAGCAGUAGCCAUAGCAGUAGCCUCGGAGGGGGUGCUAUUGCGGGCAUUGUUAUCGGUGUCUGUGUCUUUAUAGCUGCUGCGGCCGCUGCUGUCUUGCGAUUUUUGGUGCUUCCUCGCCGCAAGAAAGCGGCGGCAGCCCAAACUUCUCAGGCCGAUUCAACAACAGGCAUGAUGCUAGGAAGUGUGGACGCAGCUUCACCCGAAACUUCUAGAACUCUUCCUGCAGAGGCUCUCGGCGGAAACUUGGGAGAGCUUGAAGGGGACGAAACAACACCGAAGCCUACACCUGAAGUCGAAGGCACCACUCCGGCGUCGAAGACUCCUCUGAGUGAGCUGGAAUCGGCGGGCACCCCGCCACCAGCAGAGCUGGCAACUCCGGCGCCAUUGGCAGAGUUGUUGUCCAGUGAAAUUUAUGAGAUGCCCGGAAGCGAUGUUCCAGAGCUCCAAGGGAGCCGAGUAGCAGCUCCUUUGAUUCUUACAGACUCUGAAUCAAGCGAGUUUAGUUUUGUGGCUGAACCGGAGGUAUUAAACUCAAAUAUCCCGACAGGGGGAGACGGGCCUGACGAUGAUACAGUAGAGGAGAAAGGAGGUGCUGAUGCAGCACAGGAGGAUACCCCAGUGAAGAAGAGUGACGAAGGUAAAGACGAAGCAGAGAAUGAGAAACCACCUCAGAAAGAUUCCGAGGGAGAUGAGGAAGUACAUAAACCAUAAUUUUUAAUACGAAAUAGUAGC